CACGAUGGUGAAGCUGCUCUGCGCGGUGGUUGGAGUCGGGAGCGUCUUCUCUGUGGACAUUGAGCUCAGCGAGAUGGUCGGUGAUCUGAAAGAGAAGAUCAAGGAGGAGAAGCCCGGUUUGAUCUACUUUGAUGCAGAUCUGCUGAAGCUGUAUCUCGCGCGGGAGGGUGACACUUGGCUAAACUCGCGAGACGCAGACAUCAAGGCGGUUAAGGCGAAAAAAAUUCCAGACCGAAUCAAAAACCUCAUGCAAGAGCACUUGCUACUGGACGAGACGUGCAGACUGAACAAUGAUGAAUACUUCGGUGACAACCUCGAGCAAGUAGACAGAGACAUCCAUGUGCUGGUGGACUGUCCGGAUGAGCCGGAUCAAGGCAUCAAGUACAAGCGUCAAGAUGGAUUCGAUGGUACUUUGAUGGAGGAUUGGUUAUCAUGGCACUUGUCAUGGUCUUCUCUACAGUCGCUGUUUACUGUGGAAAAGGAGGAGGAGGUGCGUAAACGCUACUACACUCACUGUAGUUAAUAGCGUGUUGGGAUCAUUUAUAGGGAUCAUGGAGUUCCGGAGACGACGCGUCAAGUCAAAGAUACCACUUGCGCACAGACGGUGGGGGCCUGAGUCGAUUACCUUUGGAUUUGAGUAGUGAUGAUAGGAUUAUUUCGCUUAUUUGGUUGCGUCUUA